ACGGUGUGAAGUAUACAAGGAACCCAGUAGAGAAAAUAACACUAUUUAGAUCACAUUCUUCGCCACACGACCACAUACAUCGAAAGAUGGCGAGUGUCUCUGACGUCACGAGCAUCCCAGCUGUCAUGGAGGGGGCGACGGCAGUCAAAAUAUCAUUAAAGGAAUUGGAUUCUUCAGCUGUGCUUGCGUUUAGUAUGGAGGCUUGCAGGAGAAUUCAAGAAGCUUGUAAUGACAACCGAAAGAUUAUUGACGAAACGGAACACUUUGGAAAGACUGAUGUGUCACACUACAACAAAAAGUGUGAAUUGGUGUUUGAGGAAGGUGUCAUGACGCUCUACCUGGCCCACCAAAAGGCGCUGACCAUGCCACUCGGCGCCUUGUCCUUCGCCCUGGCCGUCGAAGGUGCGUCUCCUCGCCUGGUCAUCCUCGGCCGCGCUUCGAGUUGCUCCUUCAGCCUGGGCGAGGGCAUGGACCAGGUCGCCCUCGUCCUUCGCUUCGGUUCCAAGGGAGAAGUCGACCUCGUCCGUAGGAGGAUCGGCCUCAGCAAGACCGCAACGACUAGCCGCAAAAGCGUCCGCGACGGCGUGGUCGAGCGCACCCCGACGCCGCCCGCGAAGCCGCCGCGGAUGCACCAGCGCCUCAGGGCCCAGCAGAGCCUCCCUGCUUCUCGGCCCAAGGCGCUGAGCCGGCAGCAGUCCCUGCAGGAGGGGGCGAGCCACGACGGAAACAAGCCCGUGGACGCACCGUCGACACAGACGUCCUUCCUGUCGCCAAGCUCGGCCGCGGACGCCAACUACCCGCUGAGGGGCAGGCUCUCCGAAAACAACCACGCGCAGAACUGCCUGUCGGGCAUCUACGACCCGGUGCCCGAGCCCAAGAGAAUCGCCGAGAGCGAGAGUAGCGCCACGCCUGAGCCCAAACGCAGCGGGAGUGCGAUGAGCCCCGUGCCCCACCUGCUGGUGUCGACGAGGUCCCCGCAGCAGGAGGUGGUGACGUCUGAGCCGGUGCUGUCGCCCGUGAUCAGGGGCGAGGCGCAGGUCCCUCCCUUCCUGUUUGUGUCGUCGCCCAGGUCGCCCUCUUCCCCCGCAGGGCGACUGGACUCGAGGUCGUCCCCCGGCGAGGGCGCUCCGGAGCCCAAAUUCGAUUUCAAGAACGUACACUUGAAACCAAUGUGAAAGUUUUGGAAAUUGCUGUAAAUGAAUUUCCGUUUCUAGUUAAACUUUGAGCACUGUUUAAAAAACAUUUAGAACAAAAGUGUUUCUUGUUCCUGCCGGUUCCUGUUUUGCCAAAAUGCGUGAAAAUAAGAUAAAAAUGUAAAUAAAUGAAUACAAAAAAAGGUAAAUAAAAAAUCUUAAAAAUGUAAAAGUUAUGUUUCUUUAAAAUAAA